AGCUCUAUAAUAAGCUGCAUAAAAUAUGUGUCAACUUCCUGCUUGAGUUGCUGAUAAAACAAUUUUGAAUUCGUUAAAGUACACGUACUGCAAUAUUUACCAGUUUUUGUUUACUAUUUUUUGCUUUUGACAAAAAGUAAUACUUUUAAGAAUUACAAAAAUCAAUCGUGCCAAAUAUAUGUGAACCUUCUAUAUAUGUAUGUAUGUACGUAUAUUGGCAAAUGAGGAAGUUUAAAUUUGUUAAAGUACACGUACGAACUGCAUUGUUUUAAAAUGUUCAUUCACUCCGACGGAGUAAAAUGUCGAAAAUUUCAUAAAAUUAAUGAAAAUUGACAGCAAUGCACUAUUGCUUGCGUUUAUUAAUACAACAAAAAGUUAUAGAGUUUUAACUGAUUAUGUAUGAAGAAAAUUCGAUAUGGCAGCGUUUUGCAACGCCGACCUUGGAGCGUGUCUCGUGUGUUGGAGAUUUUUACGGGCCUAUGGUUCAUUUCGAUCACAUUUUUCAGAGGCCUAAUAUCGCCAUUCAUGAAAGAUCAGCAAAGUAGCAGUGGUGGUAAUAGCCGUAGAGGCGGUUGGGGUGGUGGCUCUGGUGGUGGCGGCGGUGGCGGAGGAGGCGGUGGUGGUGGUUCUGGUGGUGGAGGAGGUGGCGGCAGCGGUGGUGGUGGCUUUGGACCAAACCGUCGUAUUGGACGCAUCAAUAAUACAUCGAUGGACGCGCCAAGCUGUGGCAGUUGUUGUGGUUAAACGAAUUUGUUCAGACAGCAUUAAAAACUAACAAACACUGCCUUGAUAUUUAAACGCAAAACGUAGAAUUUAACAAAACUAUUA